AGCAUCCGCACCGCGGGAGAAACUGCUCGCAUGAUGUCGUACAUUAUUCCUCCACCACCACCCACUCUUGGAUAACUUGAUCGCCAGACGCAGCGACAGUAACAUCUUGCGCAUACCAAUUGUAGAUUGGAACGAGGCCGCUGCCUCACGAAAGCCAGCUGCAUGGCGACCUAUUCACAAUACCUUCCCGAUGCGCGCCGAAUACGAUCUUUCUUCUUGCGAAUGCCUCUGGCGACGAGAGGCUUUUUGCUGGUCAUCAUAAUAUUCUACCUUGUACACUUGCGCAUGCAAGGUGCUUUGGACUUUUGGGGCGCUCUCAUACCGAAGGAGAUCAACAUCAAGUCAUUAUAUCGCCUCAACACCUUCCCUCUCAUCCACAAAUCCUUCUUCCACCUCCUCCUGAACCUCAUCACGCUUCUCCCACUCCUCGAACGCUUCGAAGCCGAACACGGCACCAUCACGACCUUCAUCCUCUUCACCGGUCCCUUCGGCCUGAUUCCAGGUCUCAUCUACACCUUUCUCGAACGCUUCAUCUUCAACCUCAACACGGGAAUCGUCGGAUCCUCCAUCUGGGUCUUCCUCCUCCUCGCCAACGAAUCAAUAAAACUCUACAAAUCCAACCCCGAAUUCGUCAUUUCAGGUUUCGGUAUCCCAACCUGGGUAACACCACUUUUCGCGUUACUGUUGGUAUGGUUUUUGGUUCCGGGGACAAGUCUACUGGGACAUUUGUGUGGUGCAGCAGUAGGAUAUCUAUGGGGAUUGGGCUGGAUACGGUUUUUGGCACCGCCUGAUAAGAUUUUGAGAUGGGUGGAGGGGAAGUUGAAUUUGCUGGGGAGGUUGCCGCAUUAUGUGAGUGUGGAUCAGAAGACGUAUGGGAGGUAUGGAGUUUUGCCGAGUACGGCGGGGAGUAAUGGAGGGCCGGUGGGGAGUACGCAGAGGUUAGGGCCGUAGAGGAGGUGUGUAAUGAAUGUGUUGCUGCGUGAGACCGUAUCAUACUGGUACGAGAGGGCGGAGACUGGGGCAGUUCAGGUGACGCCCAUCCACAUUGCGAGAUGUCCCAAUUGCACAGGCCGCUACACACAUGGACAGCGUGGAAUCGAACGACGUGGGCACCGAGCUUCUAUCGCGACUCUGGAAGUUUGCAGGCGACGGGUACAUAAUUCACAAGGAGGCGUUCAUUUGAUUGCCAACACGCCAGCCCUCACAGCUGUUUGACCGCGAUGCUGGCAGGGUGUCUCAAGUUGCGGUGAAGCACAAAAGAAGGGCGGAAGAAAGGCGCCAGAAGAGCGGCGCGAGAGGAGGACAAGCGCUGGCACGCAGGAUCGACAAGCCACGCACGUUGUAACGAAGAGUCGAAGAUGGUUCAUGUACGAGCGUUUGCUCGCCAGCAAACCAGUAAUAGAGAAUCACUAUAAUGAACAGUAUUACAAGCACCGCAUGCUCAGUUGCAAGCA